AUGCCGGAGCAGAAGAAGAAGAAAACUACUCGUGGUGAAUUCAGAAAAGCCCAAAAAUUGGGAUUGGAAUCAGGCGACGCCAACGGGGUCAAACUUCCCCAGAAGAAAUUCUACCGUCAACGCGCACAUGCGAACCCCUUCGCCGAUUAUGCAUUGGAGCACCCAUUAACCCCGGCACAUAUGAGCUGGGAGUCGAAUUACCCUGCCUUUGUUGACCCGAACCCUGCAAACACCACUCUUGCAGGUACACGGAAGCUUCUAAAGGAUGUGGAAGUUGCUGAUAUUGGAUGUGGGUUUGGUGGAUUGUUGAUUGGAUUAGCACCUGUUUUACCGGAUACGUUGAUGGUUGGACUGGAAAUUCGAAGCCAAGUCACAGAAUACGUCAAAGCCCGCGUUGUGGCUCUCCGCAAUCAGCAGGAAAAAUUGCGUGCAGCCUCGUCAUCUUCAACAUCUCCCUCAGAAACCACGAAGCCAGACACGAACGACAGCGCGACCACAAAUGAACAGGAUCUACCAGAAGAUGCCCCUGCGCUACCAGACUCCACGCAACAAGCCACCACCCUCGUUCCCGGCGGCUAUCAAAACAUCUCUGCGCUGCGCGCCAACACUAUGAAGUUCCUUCCUCGCUUUUUCCGACGUCAUCAACUAUCCAAAAUCUUCAUAUGCUUUCCCGACCCGCACUUCAAAGCACGCAAACACAAGGCGAGAAUUAUUUCAUCGAGCUUGAAUGCAGAGUACGCAUUUGUCCUGAAGCCGGGUGGAUUCCUCUACACCAUCACGGACGUUGAAGAAUACCACUAUUGGAUUUUGAGGCAUUUCGGUGUGCAAAAUACUAGAACGACUACUACUACAAAGGAAGAUAAUAAUUCGCAGGAUGAGAAUGCAACACCUGCUUCUGCCGAUGAUGUCGAAGAUGAGGAGGAUGAUGAAGAUGCCAACUCCGGCGUAGCUCGUGUCAGAGAGCUCUUUGAGCGCGUCUCCGAUGAAGAGCUAGCCAAGGAUGAAUGCGUGCGAGUCAUGCGCGAAGAAACCGAGGAAGGGAAGAAGGUGGCUAGGAAUAAUGGACCCAAGUUUGUUGCUGUUUUUCGCCGCUUACCUGAUCCUGAAUGGUAG